AUGCUACCAACCUCCUCUUUCCAUGAUGUUAUCCAAGAGAAAGGCAUCCAAGAGAAAGGCAUCCAAGAGAAAGGCACCAGUGACACCUUGGCACCAGAUAAAGACCUCAUUUCAAAACAGUUGAAACAAUGUGAGAAUUCUCUGUCUGACUUACAAUCACAAUUAGCAGUCAUACGUAAAGAGAAAGAUUUGUUUCAUCAAGAGUUAAAUGGAGAGAAGCUAAAGCUUCAAGAUAUAAAUACCAGUAAAGAAGAAUUGAUUAAGGAAAAUACACAGUUGCAGAAAAAAAUAAACACUUUACAAUACGAUGCCAAUACAAAGGAAUUAACAAUUUCAAGCUACAAAAACGACUACAGGAAUCUAGAACAGGAAUACUCAGCUGUUAAAAAGGUUUGUGAAGACCUUUCUGGAGAGCUGUGUACUUUAAAAGCAUCUUAUGAAGAGAAAAUGGAAAAACUUAACUUACUAGAGAGUAACACCUCUUUAGUUAUCCAAGAACACCAGUUGAUUCAGAAAGAACGGUGGGACCUUGAAAAAACAGUCAAACAGUUAAACGAGAGUUUGGAAAGUAAGAAACAUGAUCAUUUGAAUGAGAGAGAAAAACAGGAAGAGAUUAUAGAGAAACUGAAGACUGAGAUUGACCACAAGGAUGAAUCAUGGUCUCAACUGAAAGGAAAAUGUCAUCAUUUAGACCAGGAGUUGAUGAAAACCAAAGAGAAACUGUCCCAUUCAGUAAGCAACCAGAAAGAAGAACUCUUUGGCUGGAAGAAUACUUGUGAACGACUUACAGAAGCCUUGAAUCGAAAAGAAAAUGAAAUUCAAACUUUGACAGACAGAUGCAGGGAUCUGGAUGAAACGACCUUACAGUUAAAAUUGGAGAUACACUCAUACAAGGACCAAAUUUCCACGCUCCGCUCUCAGCAGCAGUUAUUCCACAGAUUAAAAGAAGAAAAUAGACGACUGCUGAAGGAAAAGGUAGAAAAUGAACAGCUAAUCAAACUUCUAGAAACUGAGAAAGAGGUUUUAACCAAAAAUACAAAUCGGGAGAUCAAGUGUAGCCAGAGAGACCUUGCCAAAAUGGAGCAGGACUUAGAUCAUGCUAACCAAGUGAACCAAGAGCUCAAAGUGGCAAAUGAAGUCCUCACAGAGAAAAUUAACUCAUCUCAAAAUGAGAACCAGGAAUUAAAGGAAGCACUUACAGAAUCAAGUAAAAUGGUUUCUGCAGAAGAUCAUGACAUGUUAAAUGCUUCUCAUAAAGAGUUACUAGUAGAAUACAAACAACUGAAGGAAGCUUAUCUUCGUCUUGUGGACAAGGAAGAAUCUUCUGAGAAUAUAAAUGAUUUAACGAACCAACUUGGAGAUGUUAAUACAGAACUUGAGAGAUUAAAACUUGAGAAUGAAAACCUAUUAUCACAUUCCCCUAGGAAACAGAAAUGGGAAGCUACCCAAACAACUGAUGGUGAUUCCUGUCGUCUUGAACUGGAGCAGACAAAAGAAGAACUUGAACAGCAGCGAAUUGCUAAUGAGUUGCUGAAGAAGGAGCUGAAGGACAGGGAACAGAAUCAAUCAUCAAAUAUUGAGGAAUCCUUAGCUGAUGUUGACAAAGACCUUCAGCAGAUGCGGCAAGAAUUACACCAGUUGAUGGGUGUCAUCAGGAACAAAGACCAAGAAAUAGAAAGUCUUGGAAGCCAACUUAAGUCUAGCCAAAGCCAGAUCCAAACAUGUGAAGAAACCAUACAGCAGCUGAAAACCUCACUAAAAGACUUAAAGAGCAAAGUGCCAGUGGAUGCCCCUGUGACUGCCACAACAAAUAGCAGUACAAUGGCUCCACUAACAAUUAACACUGAUAAAACAACCUCCUCCAAAGAAAACGGAGAUGUAUUUUCUCCUCUUGAACCUGUGGCUGAAAAUGAGAAUUCACUUAAGCAAAUAAUGGAAGACUACCCUAGUGUUACAUUGCGUUCUGCUUCAGUGACAGAAAGUCUCAGUUCAGUGGAUGCUGCUUCAAAAUCCUCAGAUGUUCCAUUGUCACCAAACAGUGACCGUCUACACUCUUUGAUUGCCAAGUAUCGCAACCCUGGUGAUGCGCCCGCCAGUCCUGAUCGUGGUCGUGUUAGUGGAAGACCCCAUUCUAUUGGGCCAGGCAGCUCCUUUAGCGGCAUGAGCAGAAUUUUGGGACUAACGACACCAAAACCAUUUUAUCUCAGUAGUGGUGGGGUCAAAUUCAACCGAAUGUCUGGUACCAGUUCAGCUUUAAGUGGAGGACCAAGUUCCACAAGCAGCGAACCAGGUACUGAUCUCCCACCACUUGCUUCGUCAACUACUUCCUCAAUGCCUUCAUCGUCCUUUCUACAAUCCAUGAACUCUAAAGGAGAGCUGACCAAAACUUCUCCCUCCUCCUUCCCCAAAAGUCCUCCUGUUCCUCCUCCUCGUCCUGCCUCACGACCUUCCAGCGUUCACAGCCCCGUGCAGGAUGUGCAGGCCGUCACACUCAAUGGCAAUACUGAAACACGUUCGGCCAGCCCCAAAUUACUACCCAAACCUCAACAGCGACAACAGCGACAACAGCAACAACAGCAACAACAACAGCCACAAGAACAGCAACCAGAACCAGAACCAGAAUCAGUUGCCAAUAAUGAUAUUGAAGAAGUCAGGGCCAAUAUGAUUGUAGAUGUCUAGAUAAUUUCCUUGCUUCCAGAGCUUUCUUAAACUCUGUUUUAUUAUAUAUAUAUAUAUAUAUAUAUAUACAUACACACACAUAUAUAUAUAUAUAUAUAUGUGUGUGUGUGUGUUUUUUUAGUUUUACUUUUUUUACUUUUUUACUUUCUUGUAUAUGUGUGAUUGUGUGUGUUUUUCCCUCUCUUUUUUUUUUAUUCAAGUUUCCCCACCCUUGCUCUCUCCCUAACUCUCUCCUAAGCAUUCUAAUUAUUCUUCUCUAAAACAUACUCAGCUCAUUCAGUGAAGAUAAGUCUCUCAACAGAUGUACAUGAACACACUAUCUAAAUACCACCAGCCAGCACUAACAGUGUAUUUGGACGCAUGAAGACAACAUGGAAUAAAUUUAAUCUUCAUUUCAUUUCUUUCUCUCUUUCUCAAUACUCCUUUCUCUCUUUCUCAAUACUCCUUUCUCUCUUUCUUUCUCUUUUCUUUUCGUGCCCCACACUCCUUCAUCUUCACAUCUGUCAGUUAAACCAGUCAUACAUAACAACACAAUCAAAAACAAAAAUCACCCGAUUAACUUGCCAGUUUUAUAUCAUGUGUAUAAUGCCCAGUUUACAUAAUUUGCCAGGUACACGCAUUUGUAUCAUCAUUAUUAUUAUUAUUAUCAUUAUUAUUAUUAUUAUUAUUAUUAGUUUAUAUAAAGGACUGAAGUAACUCGGCAGAAAUAUAAUAGAUAAAGAGAUGAGUUCUUUACUUUUGUAUACGAUUGACACAAAAUUGAGUGAUGUAUUGUGUCAAUCGUAUACAAAAGUAAAGAACUCAUCUCUCUAUCUAUUAUUAUUAUUAUUAUUGAGCUGGCAGAAUCAUGAGCACGUCAGGCAAAAUCCUUAGUGGCGUUUCUUCUGGCUCUUUACGUUCUGGGUUCAAAUUCCGCUGAGGUUGGCUUUGACUUUCAUCCUUUUGGGAUUAAUAAAAUAAGUACUAGUGAAAUACUGCAGUCGAUGUAAUCGACUAGUCUCCCUCCCCCAAAAUUUCAGGCCUUGUGCCUAUAGUAAAAAGGAUUAUUAUUAUCAUUGUUAAAGUAGUGAGCUGACAGAAUUGUUAGCACACCGGAUGAAAUGCUUAGCAGUAGUUUGCCUGUUGAUACAUUCUGAGUUCAAAUUCCUCUGAGGUCGACUUUGCCUUUCAUCCUUUCGGAGGUUGAUAAAUUAAGUACCAGUGAAACACUGGGGUCGUUAUAAUCCACUAGUCCCCACUCAACAAAUUUGAGGCCUUGUGACUCCAAUAGAAAUGAUUAUUAUUAUUAUUAUCAUCAUCAUCAUUACUUUUUUUAUUUCACUGGUUUUAAACUUAUUGCUCUCUGUUUUCACUGAAAAUUGAUUUAAACUCUCAACCUUGCAAGGUCAAAUAGAGGACCCUGCAUGUACUGGCAUCAUUAUGAAUAACUAUAGCCCCUCCUUUCCUCCUGCUCCUCAGCUGAAACCUUGUAGCCUUGUGUUGAUAGAAAUAAUUAUAAUUAUUUGUCGACACUGUCUGUUGGCAUCAGCAUCAAUACUCUUUCAACUGUAUAAGAAUAGGAUAAUGAAUGUGUGGUUGAAUGCUAUAAGUAAAAAAAAUAAAUGACAAGGGAGAAGGAAGUUUGACUUGUUAUAACAUAUUUUUUUGCUGUUAUAAUGUCAUAACGUUUGAGUUAUAACAUGUAGAUAGAUAGUCUUCCAACUGUGUCUGUGUGAGCAUGUAUGUAAUUGUGUGUAUGUGUGUGCACAUGUUGCCAAAUUUUGAACCCUUUCCAUGUGCUAAGCCGUCAUAUUUCACAAGGAAAAAUAUUUCCGUAUAAUGCUUAAAUACAUUUUUAAUAUGGUGCCUGUUUCUUGUAGACCUUUGGAGGCUACAUUUUCUCUAUAUAUUUAAAUUGCGUAUAAUUUCACUUCCCAUAUGUUUAAGUUAUACAAAACAUUCUUGUACACGUAUUUAAAUCAUAUAUAUAUAU